AUGAGUUUUAGGGAUAGAGGACAGCGAACGAUCCUGCCAUUUGGCUUGGACUGGGCCGAUAUACAGCAAAACGCAACAGAGACGUUGGAGUUCCCGGUACCAGUCAAUGGUAAACCUACAAGAAUUGAAACAGAAUGCUUUCAGCAAUUCAGCAACCUGACAACUUUGAUGAAAGAUUCGUCUUUCUACACGGGUAACUUGAAGAGUCUUUUACUUGACGAAGUGCAGAACGGGGGACGAAAAAAAGCAAGCAUUGUUUAUUUAGAAGGUGGUGUAAACGACGGUUUGAAGAGAUACUCGGACAAGUACAGAAAGAAAAUAAAGAUAGGGAAGUCGAUUACCGAUCAUCCGUUUAUUUUGCGCUUUUUUCCUCAGGAGCUUCACAGCGUGAUGUCUUCAAAAUCCGGAAAAAAGUCGCUAAAUGUCAGUAAAUACAAACAGGGAUCCAAAAUGGGGAUGAACAUCGACAAGAUCAUCAAGACUGCAGAGGAAAGACAACAAGAAAUCUUGCAACGGUUGAACGAGGUCGCUACAAACAACAACGAUGAUGAUAUCGAUGAUGCGGAUAACCAGGAGGAAGAGGAAAAUUUUGACGAUGAGUUUGAAGAUGACGAAGACGACGAUUACAAUGCUGAAAAGUAUUUUGAUGACGGUGACGAUUUUGGCGACGGCGACGAGGGUGACGAGGAAGCAGCGUUUUAG